AAAAAGAACAGUAGAUCCGGCUACGUCGUAACGUAUAUGCACAGCAUCACAGUCAAGGUUCUGUGGUAGCCACGACAAAAAUGGCCCCAAUCAACCUCAACAUCCCCGCCUCAGACAAGACUGUCGAGGUCAGCAUCAUUGAUACAACAGCGAACAUACAACUCCCCGCUGAUGUCUUCUUCGCCCCCGAAAUUGGCGGCCUCAAGCAGCUCCGCGCCGGUGCCUACGCCUUUCUCGUCGAGAACAAAUCGCGGGACAAGCGAGUACUCUUCGACCUGGGCGUCCGCAAGGACUGGGAGAACCUCGCCAAGCCACUCUACGAUCGCCUUAAAGAGAUCUUCGCAGUCACCGUCCGCAAAGAUGUAUCAGAUAUUCUGACCGACCACAGUAUCCCAUUGGACACAAUCGACGCCAUCAUCUGGAGCCAUACGCAUUUCGACCACGUCGGCGACACCUCGACUUUCCCACCAUCUACAUCUCUCGUCGUGGGCCCAGGCGUCACUGCAGCCUCGCUGCCCGCCUACCCAUCCAAUCCCGCCAGCGUCCUGCUGGAGUCAGAUUUCCACGGCCGCGAGCUCGUCGAGAUCGCACCCGAGCAAUUCACCCUGAAGAUCGGCAACUACCCCGCCCACGAUUACUUCGGCGACGGCUCAUUCUACCUCCUCGACGUCCCGGGUCACUCGAUCGGACAUAUCUGCGGUCUCGCGCGCACCAACACCGCCGGCGCAGCCGGUACAGACUCGUUCAUCCUCAUGGGCGCAGACACAGUCCAUCAUGCUGGCCAACUCCGUCCCUCAGAGCAUGUGCCCCUGCCCAGCCAGAUCGCUCCGAAUCCCUACGGUGGCUCAGCACCGUGUCCUGGCGAGAUUUUUGAAGCAAUUCAUCCGAGCCCGGACAAGUAUCAGACCUGCGCCUUUUACCAUAUCCACGUCCGGGAGGAUGGGAGCAGCGUAGCGGUGGACCCCGAGGAGGCGCAGCGGAGUGUGAUCUCGAUGACGGAGUUUGAUGCCUCGCCCGAUGUGUUGGUCGUAUUUGCGCACGACACGAGCUUGGAGGGGGUGGUCGAGACGUUUCCUGCCAGCGCGAAUGGGUGGAAGGCUGCCGGGUGGAAGGAGACGGGCAGAUGGCGGUUUUUGCGGGAUUGGAAGGUGUAAUCACGGGCUUGCGGGUGAGUGUGUAUUGUACAGUACAGUAUAGUGUAUUUCUAGCUAGCGAUGAUAUCUCUA